GCGUUUUUUAUCUACGUAAACCAACGGCAAAGCAAAGCGACGCUGGGCAACAGGCUGUGUUGUGUGUGUUGUAUUUUUCAGUGUGGAAACAAAUAAUUCGUCAUGCGAUAGCACUAUCUUAUCUCAUCGGUCUUUUCUCUCGCACAGAGCCCAGUGCGCUACGCGCGUUCGUCUUGAGGUUUAUUCCUGUUAGGCUGCAUUGGAACGAUGAUCUCCAUCCAGAAUCCACAGCUCAAGGCCAUAUUUCUCAUUCACCUGCUCCUCACAGUAUGGCCGUUGCAGGAAGCAUGGGCACCCCAAGCGUAUCUCUACUACAACCUCAUUUAUCUGCUGAUGUUAGCUUGGGCGAUCCAUCACAAGGAUUCCGAGGAGCCCGUAUUUAUGGCAUUAGCCAUAAACCUUGGUACAAUCCUAAUGGACAUUGUCACUCUGGGAAUGCACUUCCCACACCAAUUCACCUUCUGUGCUGGCAUUGCCAUUGUUAAUCUUUUGUUUCGGCCGGUGUCGUCGGUGUUUCUGCUGCGCAUCUUCAAUGAGCGGGGAGGCAGGUAUGCAGACCUGGGCAUCCCGAACUUCAAUGGCGGCGUGGGCAGCACUGGCCGAGGUCAGUAUGAUGACAUUGACCAGACCACUACCCAGAGCGUGCCGAAGACUGGAUUAGACACUGGAAGCCCAAGCCAUGUCUACUCCUCGGGAGGCGAUGGGCUGCCACCUUACUCGCAGCCAUAAUUGCAGCUUCCCCGCUCAUUUUGUUGGAACAGUGCCGUCUUCAGUGGCCAGAACUGACAUGACCUUGAUUGCACACCCGCUCCUCAGUUCAGCAUCAACUUUUUUUUUUUUCUCUGUCUCUCUUCUUCUUCAGUUAAUUGUCCAAAGUUUGAAUGUCAUUGCUUAGUAUGGUACCUGAACCUUGCGAGGAAGCCUUGAUGGCCAAGUAUGAGCUUGCUUCACCAGUCUUGUGUGGUGCAAUGUAACAUGUUAAGACUGAUUUAGCUCAUUCUUAUACAUGCCGGCCGUGUUAAAGUGCCAGCAUGAGCAGUUUUCCCCCAGUCAUGGUAACAAACAUGUCAAGGCUUUGGAAAUCUACAAUUCCUUGUAGCUCUCAAAUCUAAAUGAGUGCUUAAACAGAUAAAGCUUUUAAGUCUAUGUGAUGUUUGUUCUUGAAUCUUUAUUUACCACUGUCAUGAAAUGGCUUUCUAAACCAGACUGCAAAGCCACAAGCGUUUAUUCAAGCUGUUGGUGGCACUGUUCAUGAAAAUUUACCUGUCUUACCGUUUGUAACCCCUAAAUGUUUACAAGUUAAUUUUUUUAUGCUUGCUAAUGCAGCCAAGUGUGGCAUGUUUUUGUGCACAUGUUGGCUGAAUAGAAUAAAUAGCACUGCAAUCUUUUCUUUCUUAUUUUUUAGAUUCGAUCAUGGACAAAAAGCUGAAGUAUAGCAUUUAGAUUACCAUUUGUUCACACUGUUUUUGCCUCGUACAACUUUCUUCGCACACAGGUUGCUCAUUUUUGGCCAUUGAAGACAGUGUGCCACUAUUUCUCUUGCAAACGAGCAAUGCGUUGCAAGAAUGAGGGCUUGAAAAUUUUUUUGAAUGUGUGAAGUGUGUUCUGAGCAAUUAAGCAUUGUUUCUGUGCAUUAAGCUAUGUGUACUAAAGGGCAAACUGCAGCAGCUUAGACAGAAAUUCUACAAUAUCUUCCGCAGUGGCAUUUGGAGACUCUACUGUUCCAACUUUUUAUAACACUAAAUUUUAUAUAUAUAUAUAUAUAUAUAUAUUUUUUAUUUUUACCCCGAGAUGUGUGAACCAAACGCCCCUCCUUAUUUAACCAAGGGCACCAGUUCUGACCCCCCAGGAAACCUGUAAGAAUGGUUUGCUGUGAUUGUACCCGGCACUUCCUCACUCUGGGGUCUUCAUUCCGUGUUAUUUGUGGCUGCCUGUAUGGAAGCAAAAAGAGAUUAGUACAGCUUCUCCCUUUCAUUUGUUCUGCAGCUGGCUGCUGCUUAUACAUGCUUUAGUUUGGAUAUGCUUUCUUUUUCUAGUCAUUGUUGAGAGUGCCACUGAUUGCUUGUUGCGCAGACUGGCUUGACCCUUGCAGCUGUUUCAAAGCAGUACUUUUUUUUUUGCGUGUGUUCCAAAGCUGUACUAUUUUUUAUCGUGUUUUUGAUCAUGUUUUUUUGAUCAUGUGAUUGAGAAGUUUCCGAAAUAGGGGACUCAAAGUCAAGGAAUGCUAUCAGACACCAUGCAGACAGAGCAUUGCGUGGCUAGGUACCGCUGAUACAACUUGCUGUGCGUUCCUGUUGUCCCUUUAGUUCACGAAAGCCACUUGCAUCCUCUAUUCCUAAAGCUGUCUAUUGUGCCAGCCAACUCGAAGCUGUAGAGAGCAUCUCGUGAUAUUCACAUCCAUGGCACUUAAUGUACUACCGAUGUGGAAAUUUUAGACAUGUAAUUUUUUGCAUUGCAUAACGGUCCAGGACCUCAAAACUACAGAGAGUACUGACAAUCCUCAGAGUGUCCUAAAUAAUUUACAGUAAUAGCUUUUCUUCAUAACAGUUCCUGUUUUGUCUCUCAGGAGGUGUAUGUCAUGUGGGAGCUGAACAUCAUGAUGUUUUGGCACUCACUCUGACUUGCUCAGUCAUCUGCUAUGCCAAUACUAACGACCACAAAAGGAGGAAGGCCAUCUUCGUGAACAAGAAGAAGGACAGGGCAGAGAAAAAGAUGGAAGUAUCAAUCUCUACGACUGUUGGAGAUGGCAGAAUAAACGGAAUAUUAUUCUGCAUUGGACCACACAACAAGUAGCAGCACAGCAGAUGACCGAAUGAGCCAAAGGGAGUGCCAAAACAUGAUGACGGUCUGUGCCCACGUGACCACCUUCUGCGUCAUGGAACAUACAUACACAUGACACAUACAGCUCCUGGGAAAUGGUACCAAAACUGGUUCAUUGGCGAAAAAAAAAAAAAAAACAUGCACUCGCCAAUAAUAAAAUAAAAAUAAAGAACAGACGUUUCGGGCCCCAUACGGAUCCCUUGAUGACAAUGAAGAUGUAAGCAUGGGCACACGGCUAUUUAUAACGUCUGUUCUUUAUUUUUAUUUUAUUUUUGGCGAGUGCACGUUUUUUGACACCAAUAUGUUACCUCGUCAGAUGAGUUUUCGUCAAACACUUGACCAAAACUGGUUCAUAGGAAACCUAUUAUUGUAAGUUACUUUGAACAGUCCGAGGCUUGGUUUUGAAGUCCGGUACCUUUGGUUUUGAAGUCGAGGGCCCUUAACGCAAGAAAUAAAAAGUCAAGAAUGUCAUGUCAACAUGCCUUUAAUAGUGAGCAGGGACUAAUUUGUCUAUGUGCAGCUUCAUGCUUUACAAUUCCAAAGCCAUUUAGUGCAGCUACGCACGCUUCAAUGUCAUAGGACAUUUGGUGGAUUGUUGACUGGUUCUUUACUUUAUAGUUACCAAUUUCUAGUUUUAGGACCUCUGCAAUGAGCUUCAGCACUUUUAUUUGUCCGUGUGAAUGAACUUGUCACCGAAUUAGCAAAUACCCAUUGCAUUCUGAGCACUAUCACUGUUUGGUGCCAGUGUUUUUACACCAUUCCUACUGUAUUCUUGUUCUUGAUACUAGUGAAAGUUGCUUGAAACCAAGGUACUUACUUUUGAUGUGUCCAUAUUUAUGUGUGUUUCCACAAUAUUUUAAAGCACUUGUUCCAUAUAGCUUCUUCACAGCAACUUUUCACACUUGUCUGGAGCAGAAAACAUUUUGAAUUGUCUUUGCUUCAUUGGUAUGGUUGUUGAAAGAGGCAACAGAACAUGCGGCUGAAAGUGGUUUAAAGUGUGCUGCCACAGUUUGCUUCAAAGCACUGCAACAAAUACAUGAAAUAGCUAGUUAUUUAACUUCUUGGGAUGUCUUCACAUCCAUGAGACAGAUGCUCCAGACUAGUGCAAUUGUAACAGUUAUACGAAAGACCAUCCAUUUAUUUUCAGCACAUUGGUAUUGUAGAGUCACUGUAAAUGAGAUUUCCUGGGAGAUGUUCAUUUUCUAUAAUUUAACUUUCUUUUCUUUUGCCAUUUGUCACUUAUUCUUUCCUCACACUUUUAAGGUGCUCGUGAUGUGAACAUUCCUUAUUGUCUCUGCCUUUAUUAUAAACCUGUUAUCUUCUCAUAGGCUCUGUCAUUCUUGGUGGGCACGACCACAUUUGUGAGACAAGCUUGGAGAUUUCAUUAACAUAAACAUGCUGUGCAAGUUCGGAUGUUGUUUGCUUGUGUAAGUAAUGUGUGUGCGAGUGUGCUUCGGAACAUGGAAUGCACAGGUAUAUUCCAGAAAAGACUGAGAGUAGUAGUACUUGGAAAGUUUGCUUUCACUGUGAGCAGUUAUCCAAAUCGGUGGACAUUAUCUUGCAUGUGUUUAAAUAAAAAUAUGAAAACUAGCA